CACUCCAGGAUCUCCUCUGUUCCGAUGACCAGAUAUGAUCAACCCACUCCCCAGUCAAACCAUUUUACUUUGAGCUGGGAUCUCUUUAUUUGUUUGCAUGGAUGAUAAAAGCCUCCCGCAUAUUCAUGGAUUUCUCAUACCACAACUAAUUUGACUGUAAAAGAAAAGACAGAAAAGGGGGACUCAAAGUGGUUUCAGCGGUUUUAUUAGGUUUGUGGAAGCUGCAGUUUAGUCUGCCUUGGACAUGGGACCGUGCGUCACCCGAGAGGAAUCCGGUGCCGGAGAAAGAACAUCUUCCUGAAGGAGGAAAAACCCGUGUGCGGGAGUUUUUCGUUUCAUUUAUUUGCUACCGGGGAGGGGGAGCUGUGGGUUUUACGCGCCGGAAUGAUGCGUCCCAACCACGGCUUCAUCCUGCUCCUUCUAAACGGAACAGCUUGUUUGGUGGCCCUGGGUCAGGAAGACGACUCUUCCAGCACCAAGAGCUCUUCAGACGACUCCUCCAAGACGGUGGGCCUCCUGAGUGGGCAGGCCCCCCUGUCGCCCCUGAGCCGCUGGAUGCUCCAGAGUAAGAGCAGAGCUGCUAACACCACCUCUCUGGAGCUGCCCUACCGCACCCCCAUCCCUUUCUCCAAGCAGGAGUUUUCUAAACAGGAAUUCUGGGAGAUGUUGGGGAGCGACCUGCUCAAACCCGACUCCUCCAGCUCCAGGGUCAAACGUCGGCCCAUCGUUAAGACCGGGAAGUUCAAGAAGAUGUUUGGCUGGGGAGACUUCUAUUCCAAUAUCAAGACGGUGAGGCUUAACCUGCUAAUCACCGGCAAGAUCGUGGACCACGGUAACGGCACGUUCAGCGUCUACUUCCGUCACAACUCCACGGGCCAGGGCAACAUCUCAGUCAGCCUGGUGCCACCUGUCAAGGCGGUGGAGUUUGACCUGGAGCGCCAGAGCGUAGUCUACCCCAAGGACUCAAAGAUCUUCAACUGCCGCGUGGACUAUGAAAAGGUGGAUCGCAGCAAGCGUACCUCGCUGUGCAACUACGACCCGUCCAAGACCUGCUUUCAGGAGCAGAUUCAGAGCCACGUGUCCUGGAUUUGCUCCAAGCCUUUCAAGGUCAUCUGUAUCUACAUUUCCUUCUACAGUACGGACUACCGCCUGGUCCAAAAAGUCUGCCCGGACUAUAACUAUCACAAUGAGAUGCCCUACCUGCCCUCGGGCUAGAAGACUCUCAGGGGGGAGGAGAGGUGGGAGGGGAGAGGUACAAGGGGGUGAGUAGGAGUGACUGCAAAAACGAGAAGGAAACCGGGGCUGUGAAUCGUCCUCAAUGCCAUUGUGGCAGCAAGACACCUUAAAAAAAGCUCUGAAUAUUGUAAGAUGUAUUUAACAUAUAUGCAAAACUAAAAGUACAGUAUGCAGAUAAUGAGGACAUUUGGAAUGUGGAAGUGCAGCAUUCAUUAACUGGACUGGUAUCGAAAAUCAAACGCGCACUUUCUUACCUCUUUCCAGUUUCUAAAUGCCAACUUGUCUCUCGCCAGCUAAUUCUCUCUCCCAUGAAGUCAUCGGUGAAUGUUGUCCUUUCAAUCACCCUUUACUACAUUGCUCUUCUGCAAAGUCACAAGGCAGCAUUUCCAGAGAACACUUGCAUAUAAAUCCUUUGAUAUGAUUCACUGGAGAGUUGUAUACAAAUGCAGACUUUAUGACAAACAUCAUACAGUGUUUAUCAUCGCACACUGUAAAUGAUUUAAAGCCAGAGGGAACACAAAGAGUUGUAUUUCAGAUGAAUGUAAAGCGUAAGCACCCACUGGAUCAUUGCGGUGACACUAUAGAACAUAUUUUUAAAGGGCAUAUUUUUUUGUGACAUUUAAGUCCAUCCCAAAAAAAGUUCUUAUUCUUACCCUAUUUCCUCACCCCACUGUCCCCAUCCCCACCAUCCCAUUGUCAAUGCAGGGUUUUUGUUUGCAGUCUGCCAAACGUAAUCACAAUAUAUCUCUCGGUAAUGCCACCUCCAUUUCAAUAAAGGAGGGAAAAGAAGGAGGGAGAGAAAAAUAAUAAAAAUGUGCAAGAAAAAGCAAUUGCUCAACAAAGAUCCAGGGCCAGGGCUUAAGACAAGUUCAGUGCGAGGAAAAUAACUAGAUUCUGCGUAGAGAUAGAAUUGGCCCUCUACACUUAAGAGAGAGAGGGGGGUGGGGAGUGAGAGAGGGAGAGAUUCAGUGAGCUGUUUUAAUUAAAGUGGAGAAGAAGACUUAGAGUAUGCAUCUCCUUCUAUUGUCCCCUCUGUGUGAAAAAGAUUACAUUUUGUUGCCGUCAGGAUUCCUGAUUUCACGCCUUGAUAACUUUGACUGUGUAAGGCAGAUUGCUCUCUCCCGACAAAUUCUGUGUUCUCUAAAGUCUGCCUGUUAUCUUGAAUAAAUGAAAAUAUUAUCAUAAUAAUUACCUAUAAUUUAAUCUCCUUUAGAAGUAAUUCAUUGAAAUUUAGGUUUCAAUGAGAGGGCGAAAUGUAUUCCUAAAAAUCAAGUCAGCGAGUAGGAGGAUAGGAAGAGGUUCACGGGGAUAGUUGUGUUUUUGUGUGAGUUAACCGCUCACAUUAAGAUAAAUGGCCACUGGCUGGCUCAUGUUGCCCUCAUAGACCGUAUCAGUGGAAAGAAGUGCUAGGAAUUAUGUAGCCUGACUUUCUUUUGGUGAGAGGCCACAGUGACUUUUGUGGUGAACAGUCACAAGACAGGUGUGAAGAGUCAUUAACCGGUGACAUCACGGUGACGUGUUUGAUGCUAAUGUGCUGUGAUGUCAGGGAUUUAGCUAAGAGCAAGCUUGGCGGGGACUGUGCAGCCGUGUCUCAGGUGGAUCGCUCGGCAGUGAGCGGUCACCAUGAAGCCGUCCCCUUGUGGGGGGUGGUGUAAGGCCAGAUAUACUGUAAUUGCGUUGCCGUGGCUGUUCUGUGUGAAAUAAAGGAGCAAGACUAGGAGGAAAAACACAGUCACAGGGCUAAAUAUAGAAAACAAAGAACUGUAAAUCUGUACAUCAAAGCUCUGCGAUCCUUAAUUCACUUUGAAAGACGGGGGGGUAGCUCCUCUCCAUAUGCGACUUAAUCAACUUGUGGCCCAGAGCAAAUGGCAGCAGUGCAUGAGUCAGUCUGCAGGGGACAGACAGCUACACCACCCGCAGCAAUGAUAAAUGCUGUUCAUCUGGCUAAAGCAAACCUCUGUCUCCUCUUGCGUGUGAUUGUUUUAUUGAAACAGAUUUGUCAUAUAUCAACCUAAAAAUUACGCUGCAUUGCCAUAUGUAUCGAGGAUAACUUGUUUUCUCUCCGACUACACUUGUUUUUGAUGUGUCACAAAUAUGUUUCUCUUCAAACUAUGCUGAGGUCCACUUUAAAACAAGGUCGAGAGAGAUAAAUGGGUCGGACAAACGCCAGACUUUUACCCAGGAGAACGCUCUUUGUGUCCUGGAUCAAAUCUAAAGUCAAGGUUGACAUUUUUACUUCUCUAACGAUAGUAGCAAACAUACAUAUUUUAAGCUUAACGAUUACAUUUCUCACAGUUUUGUUGCGUUUUUGUUUUUGUUGAAACCCACAACCUCAUAUGUUUCCCUCGAAAUAUAAUUGAGUAAGCAGUUAUGUUGCACAGGAUCGUAUUAUAUAUUCGACAAUGUUGCCUAUAUACACCGAUAUAUGUUGACAUGUGUCUCAAUAUAAAUAAUGUGAGUGGAAUUUCCUAAAAAGGGGACCACCACUGAGAGUGCCAACCAGGAGAAAGCUUGUAAGGACUACUUCUUAUUCCGACCACAUCACAGUAAUGCAGCAUUAAUAUUUAAAGCAUACAUAAAGAGUCCCAGCGGAACAUGCAAUAUAGAUGUAAGUCCUGUCUGCUGAUGAGAUACAAGGCUUGUAAAAUGCACAUCAACCAGCAUGAAUGAACCACUGCCUCUUGCUCUGUUCAUUCAUUUCCUCAUCCUCCAUCUCUCUGCCCCUGUCCACAUGUUUCUCAGCCAUAUGUCCUGCAGAGUUCACGCUGUUGUCUCCCUGUGUGUGACCCGGCUGACUGCCCUCAGCCUCCAUGCCCUCUCUACCUUGCUUACCCUGGUGUUGAACCCUGCAGAGGGGAGUUCCUCAUUGCUGCUCCUCCCGGCCCCCUGAGCACAGCGCUGAGCUGAGCUGGCUAAUCCCUGUGAGCUUAAUGCCGAGCUAACAGAACAUCAACAGCGAGAACAUUCCUCCCUCCUUUUGUAUUUAUCUAUUCCUCUCUAUAUCUGUAUCCCAUCAAACAAUUGUGCGUUCACACAUAGUCUUAAGAUGUGCUGGUUUAGGUAUUUUCCUCUCCCCUGUUCAAAGCAUACAUAAGCCCCUGGAUUGUGAGGACAUGAAAUCUCCUCGAGAGAAUGCCAAUGGAGUGCCCGACACAGAUACGCCUCAGUAACCUCAAUACUCCUCUCCCCGCCUCCCGCAGGGCGUCCGGAGAGAAGUUGGAUACUCACACAUGUUGGAAUCAAAGCUGGGCAACAUGAGCCCACAGCAGUGAACUUGUGAAGAAAAAAAGGACACAUGUUGGGCUACAUGCUGGGAGCAAGCCCCUCACUCUGUUCCUUACUCGUCCUCUCAGAUUCAGAGCAAUACACUGAGACUCCAACCUCUCCGCCUCUCUGGGGCGAACUAAGGAAGGCUGCUGGACUAAGUUUAGGAGACGAUCAUGUUGCUGUGGGAUGGACGGUGUUAGCCUUACUGUUGACCCAUCUAAUGCCAACAGACAUGUGGAUAUUUGGCCUUAGACUGCAACACCAGUCCCCUCAGCAAAGCAUAACAAAACCUGACCUUUCGAAAACAUAAAUAUACAUAUAAAUAUAUAUAUAUAUAUAAAAGCUAAGAGUCCUCAGAUCUGAAUAAAGUUGUAUUUAAAUGUGGGUCAUGCAGUGGAGGUUGUCUGUUUAAUCUUUUUUGUUCCUCAUGGUUUUCUUUCUCUAUGUCAUGUGGAUGAUAUACUGUAUGGAUGAUAUGAUGGCAUUUACUGUGCUUUUCAACAGUCAAAAAAUCAAUAAAGUACACAGAAGUACUUCAAUCAC